AUGGCUUCCAACCCCCCUGGAGCUUGCUGUGCCUCCGGCUUCAAGCACGAAGGCAACCCCGUCGGCGAGCUGAAGAACGUGGGUGGUGUCAACACCUACGUCGUCUACCCCAAGGACAACAAGACCCCCGAAAAGGCCGUCAUCAUCCUGAGCGACAUCUUCGGCGUGUACGUCAACGCUCAGCUGCUCGCCGAUGAGUUCGCCGCCAAUGGCUACCUCUGUGUUCUCCCCGACCUCUUCCGCGGCGACGCCAUCAGCAUUGCCGACAUGGAGUCCGGAAAGGCCGAUCUGCCCAACUGGCUCCCCAAGCACCAGACGGCCCAGGUCGACCCCAUCGUCGAGUCCACCAUCAAGUAUGUUCGUGAGGAACUGGGUGCCAAGCGCGUCGCUGGUGUCGGCUACUGCUUCGGCGGCAAAUACACCUGUCGCUUCCUGAAGCAGGGAAAGCUUGACGUUGGUUACACCGCCCACCCCUCCUUUGUUACCAAGGAGGAGCUCGGUGCCAUCGCCGGACCCCUGUCCAUCGCCGCCUCUGAGGUCGACCAGAUCUUCACCACUCAGCUCCGUCAUGAGUCCGAGGAUAUCCUGAUCAAGACCGGCCAGCCCUGGCAGAUCAACCUCUUCAGCGGUGUCACCCACGGCUUCGCUGUCCGCGGCGACGUGAGCAACAAGCACCACAAGUUCUGCAAGGAGCAGGCUUUCUGCCAGGCCGUUGUGUGGUUCAACCAGUACCUGUAA